AGAGGUGCGUCCGCUGCUGCUGUGUGGACGUCUCAGCCCUCUGUUUACUGUUUGCAUGUCCAAAAGUCAUGGACGAGCCAGCCGGUGAACAAACGUGCAGUAUUUGUUCGCUCAGUCUGUCGAAGCGACGCGACUGUGACUUAGAAUUCAGUGCAGCUGUGGAAUAAUUUCAGCCGGAGAGGAGAAUACUGACAGGUUGGGGUGUUUAGAUUUGGAGUCCAAAGCAGAGAGGACCUCCACAUCGUCACCCUCCAGGGCCUCCUGUGGGCAGUCCCCCUGAUUUGCUGUCGAAAUGGCCUCAAGACAGGGAGACACUCCAGCUAUUGAGUGUAGCACGCCAUCUGGGCUCUUCGGUGCCUUAUCGUCUCCGAUUGGAAUGACUCGGCGCAACGUCAGCUAUGAUGAGCACAUGGACGCCCCCAUGCAUUCACCCCCUCCAGACUUGACUGUCAACAUCUUAUGGAAAGACCCUGUCAUCCCACAGCACAAGUUCAGGAACACUGCAGAGGAACAGGAGACUGCUGGGAAUUUGCUGACUUUUGAGGCAGCAGCGCCACCCAAGUCCCCAGUGCCUGUUGUGAAAGCCAAAGCCACCUCUUUAAUGAGCUCACUUAUGAUCAGGCAGACCCAGGAGAACCUACAGAAGUUUGAGCAACAGGCAGGGCUGACAGAUGCCGUGUAUUCCCCUCACAAGGGGCUCUCUGCCGAAGAGACUCGCUUUCACCGGCUUGGUGACGGCACGCUGCCAAAGUUGAGAAUGCCAAGUGGGGACUUCAAGGAGGACAGGCUUACAACAUCAGCACAAUCCACCCCAAGUGGCACGCCUUGUGUCACCCCCUCUGUCACCCCCAGUGUAACGCCCUGUGUUAGUCCCCACUCAUCACCAGCUGUUAGUCGCAGGACCUGGUUCCAGCUGAGUCCUGCACCUUUUCUUGCCACUCCAGAGCUCAACAGUCCCAACCCCGGCACAGACAUGGGAGGAAAUGAGGGAGGAGGAGGAGAGAGAUGGAACUUCUUUGGAACUCGAUCUGUGGUACAGAAGUCCCCCACUGACCCAGGCUCUGAAACCAGCACGGGCUUCUCACUGCAGUCCUACUUUGGCAUGCAGAAGUCCUCUACUAUGGAUGGCACCAAUACCCAGGUCAACUUUAAGGUGGAGGACCCUGCCAACUUCUUGCCCCCCAAGAUUGAAAUCACGGGCAUUGAAGCCAAGCGGGUACCCCCACGGCCACACAAACUUAAACCUCGGGACAUGAAUGUUUUAACACCUUCGGGCUUCUGAAGCCAGACCAGCUAUGUAGUUCUGUACUACAUCAGUUGGUGUUGUUCUGCCUCCCUCUGUCCUCCUCACUUCCCUGCAAAUUCACUGGGGCUGAGAGGAAUGAGGACCACCUGCACCAUAGCAUUAGCUCAACAGCCCCAGAGACAUCACCACACUGUUUCUCCUCCCAGUGGAUCUUCUAUUAGCCCACAUCAGUGUCUUCAUAUCUCUUCCAACUCACUGGUCCAAAUAAAACACCAUAUGAAGUAGCUUCCUCCAUCACCCCCAAAGAUGGCUCUGCUUUGUAUUAUUAUUGUUGUCCUGUCACAUAAAGGUUGCAUCGGCAUGUAUUGCCUUGCUGUCCUCGUUCAAUUGUUAGUGAUGGCAUGAGAUUGAAGUUUUUGAAAUAUUUUGUCAGUUCUUUGCUCAAGUUAAUCACUUUAGCAUUGCCUCUCACACUAAAACUGACUAACUAUUUCAAUUCAUAAUGCUCAGUUGCCUCAUUUGUAUUAUUGUUUUUUAUUUUAUUUUAAAUAAGCUCAUAGAUUUGUAGUUGUGUAGUGCUUUCUCUGUUAGCAUGCAGAGUAUAGUGGUAUGACUGAUAUUGUGCCUAAACUUGCAGCGUGUUUGCUUUUGGCAUUUUUGCCGUUGAAGUACAGCUUUUUUUAUUACGUGAAAGAGCAUCUUAUUUUACUUUGUGAGAGCGUAUGACUGCUGGUCUGAAGUGUUUUUUUAGUUAUCAUUUCAACUUAAGAUUGCUCUGCUUUAAAUCAACAUUAUUCAUUAGAAAUAGUAGUUGGUAUUUUGGCUUUAUGACAUUUUUAUAUUUCAUCACGAUAUAGUUUCAACAUACUAUAAAAAUACAAAGCAUUCAAAUGGUAUAAUUUUCAAUCCAUUGUUUUUUGUGUCACAAUCCCCAAUGUUUUAUUUGAAAAAGCUGACAAAUUCCAGUAAGUAAUUGCACAAGGGAGAUUGUCUCCCACUUACUUCUGUAAAUAAAUCUGAUAAUAACAAGCAAAAA